AUGUCAAAGUUUAUUUCAAAAUCUGCUAUCCGAGCAGCCUCCACCUCGGCCCAGACCACCAAGGCCGCUGGUGAUAUCUCAUCGGUUUUCCCCAGCUUGAGGCCUGACUAUAAGCCGGAGCCUCUCCCUGCACGGUUUCAGGAGCUGAAGGCAAAUUUUUUUGAGAAGAACAAAGAUGCAAUCACAAAAAGUUGGGAGCGAUUGCUUCCUAGCUUGGAUGAAGAAGUGCAAAAGAUCAAGGCAAAGGGCAGCGAUAUCAUCCCCUCAAUUGAGUACUCUGAUGUGAUCUCUGGAAAUGUGUCUGAAGCCGCAUUAAAAGAGAUCCGCCACCGAGGCAGCGUGGUCAUCCGCAAUGUGAUCCCCCGGGACCAAGCCCUAGAGUAUAAGCAGCGGAUCCGCGACUACGUGGCUGCCAACAAGGAGCGGGUUAAGGCCUUCCCAGCUGACUCCCCAGCUGUCUACGAGCUGUACUGGACACCGUCGCAGGCCGAAGCUCGCGCUCACGCAAGCAUGCUCAACACCCAGCGCUUCAUGCAGCAGCUGUGGCAUUCGUCCGACCCUAACAGCAAGAUCUCAACCACCCACCCUCUCACCUACGCAGACCGUCUACGCAUUCGCGAUCCAGGCGACUCAAAGUUUACCCUUGGUCCGCACAUUGACGGCGGUUCCCUCGAGCGAUGGGAAGACCCCGAAUACUCUCGAGUCUACACCAAGAUCCUAGAAGGGAACUGGGAAAAGUACGACGCAUGGGAUGCGCGACACCGUCUUAAGGCCAACAUGGACCUAUACAAUGGUGCCGGUGCAUGCUCCAUGCUGCGGUUCUUCCAGGCCUGGCUAUCUAUGUCAGACACCAAACCCGGUGAGGGCUCGUUGCACGUAUGCCCCAUGAUCAACCACAGCACAGCGUACACUAUACUGCGUCCCUUCUUCGACAUCGAGAGCUCAAAGCCGGCCCUGGAUGCUAAAUUCCCGGGCUCCGUACCUGGUGCUUGCCAGGAGUACAACCCGGUCACGCACCCGCAUCUUAAUCUCGAGUCUACUAUGGUUUCAGUACCGCAGGUUGCGCCUGGUGAUUUUGUCGCAUGGCACUGCGAUUCUCUGCACUCCGUAGACAAGGAGCACCGUGGUACCCAGGACUCCAGUGUCAUGUACAUUCCCGCCACCCCGCUGUGCGAUAUGAAUGUUGAGUACCUUCUCAAGCAGCGCCAGGCUGCGCAGAGCUAUUCGCCUCCGUGGGAUUUCCCCGGUGCUGGUGGACUCGGUGAGUCGGGAUUCAAGGGUGCUAUGGAUUGGUCGGCGCUGAGCUCGGAGGGUCAGCGCGCUAUGGGUUUAGGUAAUACUCCCUGGGAGAUCACCGAUACCAUGAGCGAGGGUGAGAAGGAAGCUGUCCGGUCUGCCAAUAAGGCCUGUUUCGGUGUGUAA